UCCCUCCAUACUGUACUGUAGUGCUGUCCCAGUUAGGCUGUGGUCUGGAUGGCUCUGGUCCCCCCCUGCCUUCUCCAAGGCUUCAGCAGCCGCAGAUACAAUUGCAAUUCUUGCACCAAAUGCAGCAGCAAAUGGCUAUGAGGGGGGCGGGGCCUCCGGGGGUGUCGCCACAGCUACAUACCGCCAGCCAACCAAGAAGUAAGAGGAAGAGGAGCACACCGCAGCCCCACCCCUAAUCAUGACGAUGACGACCCCCUACACACACACACACACACACACUCAUAAAAUGACCCCCAGCCAUCUGGUGAGCAAUGCCUUGGCACCUCCCCAAAUCAUGGAGAGAAAACCAACCCCUUCCCCUUCAUGAAGACAUGAAUGAUCCAAACUGCACUCUCCUCCCUCACUGCGGAGACUCUGUUGCCUCCCAACUCCCUCACUGUGGAGACUCUGUUGCCUCCCAACUCCCUCACUGUGGAGACUCUGUUGCCUCCCAACUCCCUCACUGUGGAGACUCUGUUGCCUCCCAACUCCCUCACUGUAGAGACUCUGCCUCCCAACUCCUUCACUGUGGAGACUCUGCCUCCCAACUCCCUCACUGUGGAGACUCUGCCUCCCAACUCCCUCACUGUGGAGACUCUGCCGCCUCCCAACUCCCUCACUGUGGAGACUCUGCCGCCUCCCAACUCCCUCACUGUGGAGACUCGGUUGCCUCCCAACUCCCUCACUGUGGAGACUCUGCCUCCCAACUCCCUCACUGUGGAGACUCGGUUGCCUCCCAACUCCCUCACUGUGGAGACUCGGUUGCCUCCCAACUCCCUCACCGUGGAGACUCGGUUGCCUCCCAACUCCCUCACUGUGGAGACUCGGUUGCCUCCCAACUCCCUCACUGUGGAGACUACAGGCAAAAAUACUUGUUAUUUUGUAGCGGAGACAAGAUGAAAUGUAUGAUGUAAUAAUGGAUAACACUUUCUCACCCAGCACCAUAACACAUAAUGUCACGGUCAUAACACACAUAUUUAGACCGGUUGUGACAUGUAUUGUGUUAUAUGGCUGUUGUGACACCUACAUAAGUGUCAAAACCACAAGGCAAAACAUUCCAUUGCACCGUAACCUACGUGUCAACAGUACGUUUGUUAUUAAAAACAUUUUUUUUUUUUAAAUGUACCAUAUUAAAUAUGAAUUGUAAUUGUGUACACAUUGAUGUCAGACAUGCACCUGGUCCAAUGCUCUGUUGUUGAUGACUGGGAUGAAUGCAGGACAAGAUACCCUCUUUGUGACUGACACAAGGACAUGUACACGAAAGGACUAUCUGAUUAUGACGGGCAUAAAGUGUUGUUUAUUAUUUUUUAUUUUUUUUAAGGAACUUUGCCUGGGGAAAAAAACUGAUUUGAGUUAAGUGUGGGUUUUGACCAGCCAUAAAAUAACACAAUGUCACAACCGGGGUAAAUACAUGGGUCAUAAGUGUGUUGACUGUAUUGAGAGGUUAUGGGUGUAGAGGAAAGUGUUAUCAAUAAUGCUUUUGGUUGGUGUGAGCCCGAAUCAGGUUGUCCCGACGACCAUAGAACUGUUUUUUAGAAACAGAGAACCCACCGUUUUUAAAAUAACCUAUUUUUGAAAUGUGUUAGGAAAUGAUGCGUUCUUUUGUUAGUGGGAGGUGUUUCCUCCCCCGACGGCUGUCCUAUUAUGCCCCCCCCCCCCCCUGCCGGGACUCAAACAGAGCACAACUCAUGGACGGACAGCACAACUCAGAAGACUCCUCGUCAACGACCGUGCCUGAUCCUCCAUGGCUUUGGGUGCAUCUGAAAAUAGGUCACUAAUCCCUUCAUAGUGUACUACUGUUGAUCAGGCUCUGGUUAAAACUAGUGCACUAUGUAGGAAAUAGUGUGCCAUUUUACGGUCACAGAAUAGCUCUCUCUGCGGGAAGAUGAUCAAUGACUCCGAACACAGAGAACUUGUUUUCCCAGCAUGCAAUUGCUGAGUGUGUUUUUCAUACGGCAUUUUCUUGUACUAGUGUGUGGGGAGGGGGAGGGGGGGGGGCGGCUGGUCAGUCAAGAACAAGUGUAUAUUUGUGUGAGACAUUUCUGGGACACUGAGGCAGAAUGUUUUAAAUGGGCUUUAUCAGACGUUUGUUGUGAUAAAGAAAAUAUAUAUUGACAGGAAAAUACACCUUUUAGAGAAAAA